CAGGAAAGAGAGGACCAAAGAAGCCCUUAUCACGCAACCCAGAUUGAGACUCAGCGAAGCGAAGCUCAGCCUGCCGAAGAGCUUAAAGCCUCAGAGGAGCAAAUGUGAAAGAGAAGAUUCAGCAGUUCGAGGCAAAUCUCUGGCGCUUUUCCUGCUGAGAAGAUUAUUAGGCUGUUCAUGUAGCGGAUUGAUUGGCGAUUUGUGUCAGGACCUGCUUCAUCAGGUGAAUUGAGGAUAAGAUGAGUACCCUAGACGUUGCCAGAACUGAACUUGCCUUCGCAGUUCUGUAUUUGAACAAAGCUGAAGCUAGGGACAAGAUAUGCAGGGCAAUACAAUAUGGUUCAAAAUUUUUGAGCAAUGGCGAACCUGGCACAGCUCAAAAUGUUGACAAAUCCACUACCUUGGCACGAAAAGUUUUCCGUCUUUUCAAGUUUGUCAAUGAUCUGCAUGGUCUUAUUAGUCCGCCAGCACCAGGAACUCCCCUUUCACUUAUUUUGCUGGGAAAGUCUAAAAAUGCAUUGUUGUCUACUUUCUUGUUUCUCGAUCAAAUUGUCUGGCUUGGCAGGACUGGCAUUUAUAAGAACAAAGAACGUGCAGAGCUAAUUGGCAGGAUAUCUCUUUAUUGUUGGAUGGGUUCUUCUAUAUGCGCUACCUUGGUUGAGAUUGGAGAGCUUGGGAGGCUUUCUUCAUCAAUGAAGAAAUUAGAGAAGGAUCUCAAAAAUACUAAUAAACAUAAGAAGCAGAAUGAGCUAUACUGCAGUAAAGUUCAGAAGUCGAAUGAGAGGUCAUUGGCCCUGGUUAAAGCCGGCCUGGACAUCGUGGUUGCAGUUGGACUUCUGCAGCUUGCGCCCAAGAAAGUCACUCCCCGGGUUACAGGAGCCUUCGGAUUUGUUAGCUCGCUCAUCUCUUGUUAUCAGUUGCUUCCAUCACCACAGAAGGACAAAACACCCUGAGGGAGGAGGCUGCUUCACAUUCACCAAAGCUUCAGUGACACUUGGAGAUAUAUCCAUUUGGUGUAUUAAUGUGAGAAAUGUGUUCAAAAGAUGGGGGGUAAUUAUGGGACUAAAAGAGGAAUCUCACAAUUGUGGUGACAAUUGGAAUUUAUUAAUCACAUAUAACACCUCCUUAGAAACAAUAAUGUGUUUUAUUAUUGUUUCAUUUCCAAGUUCUGGAAACAAAAGUUGUAUACAAUUAAUUAGCUCAUUUCAUUUUCAUCA